AUGGCCCCUCUGAUCACGAUCAGAUGGCUCUUUUCACAUGAAAAGAAGAAAUUGUGUGAUGUAUAUAAUAAGUAUGAAGGGGUGCGUGCUGCGGUUGGCAGCUUUGGUUUACAGACAUGGAAUGAAGCAGAUGAAAUUUUUACUCAGUCCGCUUCCUUUUUCCAAAAUAUUCAGCUAGAUAGAGGAGACAGAUUCCGGGUAGUAGAAUUUGAGGGUGGGAAGUCAUUCGAAGAGACUAUGGGAUGGUCCAAAAACAACACGGUUCAAGAUGCGGGCUUUUGA